CCGUCACCUACAUACUUCCACGUCCGCACGUCCAAGCCUAGCAGCAACACCCCCGCUCGUUACACAUAAUAGCUAUGGCAGGCCCGAAGCAAGCAGCAAAGGCCAACUCGGACGUCUCCGGUGCUGUUACGACCCUCUGGGGUUCCUACCUCGACCAGACCCCAGACCGCCUCAAGCUCAUUGACGCGUUCCUCGUCUUCAUCAUGCUCUCCGGCAUCGUCCAGUUCGUUUACUGCGUACUGGUCACCAACUUCCCCUUCAACGCGUUCUUGGCUGGGUUCUCGAGUUGCAUCGGCCAAUUCGUCCUGACUGCGUCUCUCCGCUCCCAGGUUAACCCUGAAAACAGGUCGGAAUUCAAAGACGUCUCUCCAGAACGUGCCUUUGCCGACUUCGCUCUGGGUUCCAUUGUACUGCACUUCUUUGUAUACAACUUCCUGGGAUGAAGUGCUGUGCCUCCAAUCCAUCCCUUGCACCUCACGACUCGUGUAAAUCCAAAUCGUUCGAUUCCAUCAUCCAUAAAACGACGCCAUUAUUAUACAGUCGAGAGAGAGGAGGUUGUAGAGUUGUGCGAGAUGAGGGAAUGAAACUAAGGAAUGGUGAUGUGGUGUAAUGAACCAGGUUCAGCCUGAACAGCGACUUUAAGCUUUAAGCUUCAAGGCUUCCUCUCGAAGGAGUCGGAUCGACCCAUGACAACGACGGCAAAGUCAAAGGCAUACUCUCCGAAUUCAAGAUACGAGCGCAGGAUUUGUCGGACGUCUUUGUUCGGGACUGUGGCUAGCUUCGGCGUGAGACCAGUCGAUCGUCGGACGCCAGCAAGGAAUGCGCUGAUGAUUAGAGCGUCAAUGCCCCAGUGAAAGAGACGUCCAAACAUUGCUAGAGUUCAAUAUAGUGUCGAUGAUAGCAGGUAUGGAAGUUGUUUGGAAGGUGUUGUAGAGAGGAGGUUGGUUGCUGGCGCGAGGUCCU